AAGAUCGGUAUUUCCAGUGAACUGACGACGUUCCCACAGCCAGUCAGAUAUGUCGGCGGGUACAAAGUCAGGUGUUAUGGCGAUGGUUGAGGCUGGUACUGUCCCUGUAGGUCAGCUGUCCGCUGUGACCACACGCAGUGCGGAUUCAGUUAACAACAUACAGCUCCACUCGCCGGCGGUCUUCUCUGAUGGCAAAUCCAUUUACAACAUCCAAGACUCGUCUGUCACAGUGCAGCAGACGAUCAGUGUUACGCCAAACUACCCACUGCAGAACAUCAUAGAUGCGACAGAAAUGCUGAUGAAACGUGAGGAUCCUGACAAACAUGUAUCAACCUAUGCAGAAAGGACAGCUUUGAAGCAUCUGAAAAACACUGGAUGUGUGUUCAUCAAAGGAAGAAGUGGUACAGGGAAAUCUAGGGUUGCUCUCAGUCUUUUGUUGCAGAUUGAAAAAGACACAGGAAGAAUACCUUUGUUACUGUCCUUUCCCCAACAGUGGAAAGACGUUCCGGUGGGGAAGUCUAAAGGACAAUAUGUGGUGCUCAUUGACGAUAUAUUUGGAUCCUCCAACCUGUUUCAAUCCCAGGUAGAUGAUUGGAGUAAGGUGCUGAAAAUCAUGAACGCUGUAGUAGAGCUUGGCAACAUCUUCCUGGUGUUGACCUCGAGGCCAGAGAUCAGUGCACAGUGUGAGAAGAGGAUGAAGACACACGAACUGUUUAAAAGGAUCAAAUGCGUCACUCUGGAUGACGGCGAGUUCUCACUCAGGGUUUCAGAGAAACAGAAAAUCAUGGAGAUAUAUUUCGGGAGGAAGGUAAGGCUAUCAGAGAAAGACAUGAAACAAAUUGCAGACAUGAAGACAUCUCUUGGUUUUCCCCAGUGUUGUGCAUUUUUUGCAUCAAACAAACUUCCAGCAUCAAGAGCUGUCAGCUUCUUCCGCAGCCCCCAAGUUUGUGUCAAAGAAAUCCUUGACUGUUUGAAGGAAAGUGAGCCACUGAGCUACUUUGUGUUAUUACUUGUGAUGAUUCAAAAAGGGUUCCUUGACCACAAACUCUUGAAAUCAAGAAGAGACAGAAACUUCAGUGACGUUGUAGCGGAUUUGUCCACAUUCUGUGAUAUUCCAGGUCCUCCAGGGUAUGGCCAGAUCGCAAGUAAAGCUGCUACUCUCUCUGGUGUUUAUCUCCUAAGCACUCAAAAUGGUUUUGAAUUCCAGCAUCAGUCAAUACACGAUGCAGUUUUCCUUGAUCUGGCUGGUGAGGACCCAGAAAUGUGCAUCAAAAUUUGUCCUGCACAAAUGCUCGUUGAGCUGGUGAGGACACAAAGUAAGGAGACUGAAGAAGAGGGUGUUGUGGAUUUGCUUGACAAAAGAAUACUUCGAGAUCCUUGCUGA